GGUCGAGUGUGACAUUCACCACAAAUGUCAUUAUUUAUCUGUCAAAGUGACAUUUCAUCAAUUCAAAGUUCAGUUUUUGGUGAAAGUUUGUAAAAAUGGGUAACCGUUCGUCGUUGCUCCUUUGCGAGGAGGAAAUCGCGCAAAUCCAGGAGGAAACCGGAUUCACCCCGAACCAAAUCGAGCGUCUUUACUCCCGUUUCACGUCCCUGGAUCGGGGCGAUUGUGGGACUUUGAGUCGGGAUGAUUUCCUCCGAAUUCCCGAGCUCGCAAUUAACCCCCUGGGGGAGAGAAUCGUCAAUUCGUUUUUCCAGGAGGAGGGCUUGAACGACAGGGUGAAUUUCAGGCAAUUCAUGCGAGUCUUGGCCCAUUUUAGACCAAUCAAGAAGAACAAGGAGAAUAAAUUGAAUUCGCGGGAGGAAAAACUCAGAUUCGCUUUCAAAAUGUACGACCUUGAUAACGAUGAUAUGAUCUCAAAAGAGGAGCUUUUGGCGAUUUUGCACAUGAUGGUGGGGGCUAACAUAAGCGAGGAGCAGUUGACCAGCAUCGCAGAGAGGACUAUAGUGGAGGCUGACGAGGAUGGGGACCAAAUGAUUUCGUUUGAGGAGUUUUGUAAGGCUUUGCAACGGACAGAUGUCGCCCAAAAAAUGAGCAUUCGAUUCCUCAACUAGCCUGUGUUAUGUAUAUGUGUAGAAUAUAUUUUUUUUAUUACAAGUGUAACACUUAACCACAACUAUUUUCUUGUUAUUAUUGUACUUAAUAAAUAAUAAAAUAGUUUUAAGCCGUUGA